AAAUUUCCCAUUGACGCCCGGGCAGGAUACAUGCAGCUUAUCGCUUUCGUUCCGCCGCGCCACAGCAAAAAGAAGGCGAGGAGAUGUACGGGUCCGUCUUCCUCCUGCUCGGCCUGAGCCUCGGCCUGGCCUCCGCAUAUCCCUCCCAGCAGGAGAAGGAGUCUGGAAAAAACUGGGUGCUUAUCGUGGCCGGAUCCAACGGCUGGUACAACUACAGACACCAGGCCGAUGCGUGCCAUGCCUACCAGAUUGUCCACAAGAAUGGCAUUCCUGAUGAGCAGAUUGUGGUUAUGAUGUAUGACGACCUGGCACUCAGCAGCGAGAACCCCACCCCAGGAAUCUUGAUCAACAGGCCCAAUGGCUCCGAUGUGUACAAGGGAGUUCCAAAAGACUACACCGGGGAAGAAGUGAACCCUGAAAACUUCCUGGCGGUGCUGAGGGGCGACUCCUCUGCAGUCAAAGGUGGCUCUGGAAAAGUGCUGAAGAGCGGUCCCAAUGACCACGUGUUUGUUUACUUCACUGAUCACGGGGCUCCUGGUCUUCUGGCCUUUCCAGAUGAUGAGCUCCAUGUCAAAGACCUCCAAGACACCAUCAGAGACAUGUACAACAACAAACAGUACAAAAAGAUGGUGUUCUACAUCGAGGCGUGCGAGUCCGGGUCCAUGAUGAACCACCUGCCUGUGGACAUCAAUGUGUAUGCUACCACUGCAGCCAACGCUCACGAGUCGUCCUACGCCUGCUACUACGACGAGCAGCGCGACACCUACCUGGGAGACUGGUACAGCGUCAACUGGAUGGAAGACUCUGAUGUGGAGGAUCUGACUAAGGAGACCUUGAUUAAGCAGUUCAAGAUCGUGAAGAACCACACCACCACCAGCCAUGUCCAGCAGUAUGGAAAUAAGACUCUGGGCCACAUGAAAGUGAUGGCCUUCCAGGGUAACUCCAUGGAAGGAGCCCGGCCGGCCCCUCCGAUGACCCUGCCGCCAGUCGCCAAUCUGGAUCUGACCCCGAGCCCUGACGUGCCGCUGGCCAUCCUUAAGAGGAAGAUGAUGGCCUCCAAUGACAUCCGUACCGCCAAGGGGCUGCUGAUGGAGCUCAAUGUCCACCUGAAGGUCAGGGAGAUGCUGGCCGAGUCGAUGCGCAAAGUGGUCGAGAGGGUGACCGGCGAUGAGCUCAAGGCCCAGGAGAUCCUCGACACCAGAGCGGAUCUCACCCAACACGAGUGCUACAAGGCCGCGGUCGAACACUACAAGCAAAACUGCUUCAACUGGCACAAAGCAGAGUAUGAAUAUGCUCUGAGGCACCUGUACGCCCUGGUGAACCUGUGCGAAGGCGGAUAUCCCAUAGACAGGAUCCAGAAGGCCAUGGACUUUGUGUGUUACAUCAGGAAUUAAAAGGAUUCCUGCAAACCCGCCUGGGCCUCUGACCGAGCUCCUGCUUCCAUCAGGGAAGCCCAAGAGGACGUGGCUGCUUUUUGCACUGCUUAGGAAUCUGACGUGGAGUCAACAUUUUUAUUACUUUAUCAACACUAUAUAACACUUAUCUUUUUUUUUCUUUUUUUGUUGUUUUUACUUGUGAUGUUUUUAUGAUUUCACUGAGAGAUUUUAAAGACUUGUUUUUACGAUGAAAUGCACUCUUGUCACUGUGAAAGGCAUUGUUUCCGGAUGAAUGUUUUACUGCUUCUGAUUUUUAUAAGACAUAGGUUUGACAAUUAUGACAUGGAAUUAUUGGAUUUUUAUUUUUUUUUUUCCCCUCCGUUUUGAUCUCAGCUUUAUCUGUGGUGUGCAAGACCCAGCAUGAAUGCUUGAUUGACACGCAGAGGACGUACCGCUGAAUUUUGUACGUCUGGUGAAAUCUCAAGAGACUUUGUUGGAUCUUGAAAUAAAAUCUGGGACUGCUGAAGCUGCUGAAAAAUGG